AUGGACCUCUCUAUAAGUACUGUGCUCUUCAUGGUCGUCUCCAGCCACCUCUCGAAUGCAUACCCUCUCCGAAGCCAUACCAUUGAACUCUCAGUGCCAAAUGGAGGGAGAUGGGGUGAAUGGGGACGCGAAGAAUUCUGUCCCAGUGGGCAUGCAAAUGGAUUCACAUUGAAGGUACACGCAGCACAAUACGGUGGAUUAAUAUACGAUGAUACAUCGCUGAAUGGCAUCCGCCUCCAUUGCACAGAUGGCUCAAUAAUUGAAUCUUCUGUUGGAGGGCAUGGAUCAUGGGGAAAGACUGAGACUUGUCCUGACGGCCGUCUGAUCUCAUUUUCUCUGAGAGUAGUAGCACCCCUAGGUGUUGAUGAUGACACAGCAGCUGACAGUAUCAAGUUCAACUGUGAACACGGGAGUGUCCUGACAGGCAAGUCAACUGGCUGGGGUGCGUUUGGUCCAUGGAGUGAAACCUGUCCUAAAGGUGCCAUAUGUGGAAUUAAGACAAGAAUUGAUGGUCAAAAGUCAGGCGACAUGACAGGACUCAACGAUGUGAAGUUCUACUGCUGCGAGUGA